UCGCAUUACUACACAUUUCUCAGCUGGCAACGGUGCAUUGCACACACACACACACACACACACAGGAGGGCACUCAGCCCUUCCCCCUUGGUCCUUAGCCACUCACUCGGUGCUUGCACCGAUCCCCCGUCUCAAAUGAGCUGCCGGCCAGCUCCCGCAGCCUGUCGAUCAGGUCCCGCAAGCCCGCCUUGCCGUCAGCAGCCUGCGGCGCAUCAUGCCGCCGGUAGAACGACAGGGCGAACCGGACCGCAUGGGGCUCCGCUUGCAGAAACCGCCCGUGGGCCACCCGGUCCUUCAGACGCUUGAACAGCCGCACGACGUCCAGCACCGCCACCACGGCCGGCUGCUCAGACUGCCCGCUGCCCACUAAGGCGAGGGACGUCAAGAGGAAUGCCUGGCGCCUCUCGCCCCUCCUGCUGCCGUGUGGGGCCUCUCGGAUGUGCUGCUCGUCCAGCAGGAUGGAGCGGGUCUUCAUGGGCAGGGCUUGAGUGACAAAGAAAUCGAACAGUGGGAAGAGGGUGGCGCAGGUGAUCUUGCCACGGCAGCAGACGGACCGUGUGGUGGGUAUGGGGGGUAUGGGGGGGAGAGGGGGGUGGGGCGCGAUGGCGGGGCUGUGUGUGGGGCUGGAGGGAGGGGGGCUGGUACGCCCGCAGUGGAAGAGGUAGAGCUGCAUGAGCUCCGUGAACUUGCACCGCCCGUACAGGCCACCGCCUCCGUAGCUGCUGCUGGCGUCCACAAUGCCCUCCAUUUCGGCAAGGGGACCUGCACACAGACAGAGAGAGAGAAAGCAGAGGCCGGCACUUGUGUGUAUGGGUGAUGUGUCUGCUGGUCUAUGUCUGCCAGUCUAACAUACCUACCUUUGAUGAAGAAGUCGCCAACCGGGUUUUCUUCGAAGCCUGCCUCACUCUCCUUGUACCAGGCCCUCAGCUCCUGGUUAUCCGUGUGGACGGCUAUCGUCCAGCCAGAGUCCGACUCCGUCAUCCCGCCCUCCAGCUCCCUCUCGAUCUCUUCAAGCAGCUCGUUGUCAUCGUCUUCGGCACAGCCGACAACCACGCUCUGCUCAUACCCAUCCUCCCUGUCGGCGUUGUCGUCGAUCUGGAUGCCCAAGUGGGGUGGGUCUGCAGGCUGGCUGGCGCCUGGGACGGAGAUCAGCCGUCCGAACACAUCGAGUUGGGCCACGGCCUCGGGAAGGGACGAGUGGCCGAAGAGCUGGCAGUCGCUCAGCACUGCCUCGUCCAUCGUUAUCGGCACACCUGGCAGUCAAACAACACGCGGAUGAUAAGCGACGUGUGUGUGAUGGGCCGGUUUGUGGUGGUCUGUGGUACCUUCGAACUGCAGCGCCAUGGCGAGCACCAAGAACAGCUCCCAGCGGCUCCAGUCCCCGAGCUCCUCCAAUAGAUGAAGGGCUUUAAGCGUGCUAAAUUCUGUCGUGAUCUUCACAAACCGAAACAGCUCCACACCUUCCGCACGACAGAUCACACAGACAAGCAAUGAUGUGGCGUGCUCCUCCUCUCUCACUCACCGAACCCGUGUGCACGCACGUACCUGACGGGCCAAUCUUGCGGGCCCUCUUCAGCUUGGCCGCGUUCUCUGCCAGCCGCCGAUGGAGAUAAGCGGUCCAAUGCCGCCAUCCAGCUCCACGCCUCAUGGCCAUACUCACCCGUCGCACUUCGAACAGAGAGACCACGGGCAGCCAUUCCAUGAUGUCCAUGGUGCUCUUGGCGUCUAGAUGGCUCAAUGAAAGGCGGCUCCCUGUCCGUUGUCUCUUGGGUGACGGUUCUUCCAUGGGCUCUUGCAUCCUGUGAC